AUGAAUGAAGAGAGACGCGAGCAGAUCGCGGCCGCGCUUCGCCGGUACCGUGAGACAGUAUUGCAGCACAAUCUAUUCUUGCUCCGUACUUUAGUGGAGAAAGUCGAAGCUGAGCCUACUCCGUCAAACUGCACAGAACCGGCCGCACAGAGCCUACGAAUGCAAGCAAUCCAAGAGCUCAUUGAAGUUCCCGAGUCCAUUGAAGCGCCGCAAGACGUCCUUCAUGAAAGCGUCAUUUCUUCAUUGAUCUCGUCAGCCUCGCUUGAGGGCGUGGACGAUGAUCCAGUGGACCCCUCACUGAGACGAGAAUACUUCGCCGGCAUCCAGGCAAGCAUUGCAGAGAGGGGCGCGGAGGUUGCUGAAUUUCCCCCCUCGGACCUAGAGUACCUCUGUACUCUUGUCAGUGGCAUUACGGGUCCGGGUCUUCCAUUUCACAGGGAAACAUCUCAGUUCGACUUCAUCACACCUCUCCGACCCGGCAAGAUCAAAGCCAUGAUUCAAGCUGUCGUUGUGCCAGUACGGCGCGAUGCAGAAGAGGAACGUAAUCAACUCACUGGGAUUUGGGAGGACUGGAAAAUUUCCAUAGCGUUCAAGAUUGGCGCUGGCCCUCGUGGUUGGGGUGGCUCAUACGCUCUAUACUGCCGCAAUGAGGACAAGGAGCCGUGGAAAUGGAGAUAUGGAGUUCAUGAUGAAGAGUGGCAUAGCGAUGUCUAUGAUAAUGUGGACGACUUCCUUGGAUUCUAUGCUCAUUUCAAUGAACAAACUGAGGAGGACCUCGAGGAUGACAUAACUAGUUUGGAAGCAUUGGCAUGA